AUGUUACAAAUUGCUAAAGGGUUUGAAAUUGUGCAGGAAUCAUGUAAUAACACGUAUGAUGGAGGAGAAACGUUUAGUAUUCAAUAUGAAACAACAAAACUACACAAUGAAUAUAUUGUUCAAUUUACCGGUUAUUAUUUAGAGACUACUCGUUUUAAUUACAUAAAGAAAGCAUUGAAUCGAAAUGGUAUCAAGAAAUUUGAAAUAGUUAAACGGCACAAUAUAAUGGAGCAGUAUCCGUCAGAUUUUGAUAUUUUAAGACUUGAAAUUGAACAAGAAGAAGAAGAAAUAUCAAAUGUCCUGAAAAAACAUCCUUUGAUACGAGCUGUUGGUUCACAUAGGAAAAUUAUUCGAUAUCUAAAUCAAUAUGAUGAUGAUUUAUUGUACAAAAAGCGUCAACGUAAAGUAUUUUCAACCGAACAACAACAAGAUAAUGAACUAAAUGACAUACGUUCUCCUAAAAGAAAAUUGCAACGUAGUUCACCAGUCUAUGUAAGAGUUGCCGAAACAUUACAAGCACCGAAACUUUGGAGAAUGGGACAUAAAGGUGCUGGUAUUCGUGUGGCCAUUUUUGACACGGGCAUACAGAACGCACAUCCACAUUUUCCAAAUAUUGAAGAAAUAACAAAUUGGACAGAUGAAAAAAGUGAUUCAGAUACGAUUGGUCAUGGAUUGUUUGUUGCUGGUGUAAUUGGAAGUAAUAAAGAAUGUUUAGGUAUUGCACCAGAUGCUGAAUUACACAUAUUUAAGGUGUUUACAAAUAACCAGAUAUCGUACACAUCAUGGUUUUUGGAUGCGUUCAAUUAUGCUAUUGUGAAGAAAGUGCAUGUGUUAAAUUUGAGUAUUGGUGGACCGGAUUUUAUGGAUCAACCAUUUAUAGACAAAGUUUGGGAUUUGACAUCAAAUAAUAUUAUUAUGGUCUCAGCUAUUGGUAAUGAUGGCCCCAUAUAUGGAACAUUGAAUAAUCCAGCUGAUCAAAUGGAUGUUAUUGGCGUUGGUAGUAUGACUAUAGAGGAUUCGAUAUCGCGCUUUUCUUCUCGUGGUAUGACUACAUGGGAACUACCGUCAGGUUAUGGACGAAUGAAACCAGAUUUAAUUACUCAUGGUUCACUCGUUAGAGGAUCAAAUCUUGGCUCUGGAUGUAAAGUUCUCUCCGGUACAAGUGUCGCAUCACCUGUUGUUACUGGCGCUGUUGCACUCUUAGCUAGUGCUAUUAAACAUCGAUCAAACAUUGUUAAUCCGGCUAGUAUGAAACAAGCACUUAUUGCAUCAGCACAACGAAUUAAACAUGCCAAUAUGUUUGAACAAGGUCAUGGAAAACUAAAUUUAUUACGAGCAUUCAAAGUUCUUAAUAACUAUGUUCCACAAGCCAGUUUAAGUCCAUCUUACAUCGAUUUUACGGAAUGUCCAUACAUGUGGCCAUAUUGUACUCAACCUUUGUAUUACAGCUGUAUGCCAACAAUUGUCAAUGUAACAAUUAUAAAUGGAAUGGAUGUUGUGGGUGAAAUUAUUAGCAAACCUCAAUGGCAUCCCCAAGAAGCAAAUGGUCGUUAUUUACAGUUAGCGUUUAAUUAUUCACAAAAAUUGUGGCCUUAUUCUGGUUAUUUGGCUAUUUAUAUUUCGGUGCAUCGUAAUGGCUCUGACUGGGAUGGAAUUGUUCAAGGACACAUCACAUUCACCGUUGAAUCACCACCAAAAGAUUCAGAAAGUUUACCACAGCGAACUGAUCUCGUAUUACCGGUUAAAGUUCGUAUAAUUCCAACACCAUCACGUAAACAUCGUAUCAUUUGGGAUCAAUAUCAUUCACUCGGUUAUCCACCUGGUUAUUUUCCACGUGAUGAUUUAAAACAGAAAAAUGAUCCAUUGGAUUGGAAUGCUGAUCAUAUACAUACAAAUUUCAAAGAUUUAUAUUUAACAUUGCGUAGUGCUGGCUAUUUUAUUGAAGUUCUUGGACAACCGUAUACAUGUUUCGAUGCGAGUCUAUAUGGUACGUUAUUAAUUGUUGAUCCUGAAGAAGAAUUUUUUACUGAUGAAAUAAAUAAAUUGUAUGACGAUGUUGUUAAUAAAUCAUUGUCGUUAAUCGUCUUUGCCGAUUGGUAUAAUACAUCAGUGAUGACACGAGUACAAUUCUUUGAUGAAAAUACAAGGCAAUGGUGGCAACCAGAAACUGGUGGUUGUAAUUUACCAGCACUAAAUAAUUUAUUGAAAAUGUAUAACAUCGCAUUUGGGGAUACCAUUUUAGAAGGCACAUUUAAUCUUGGCGAACAUAGUAUUUAUUAUGCAUCAGGUGCACAAAUUGUUCAAUUUCCAAAUGAUGGUUAUCUUGUUUAUCGUAAACUAGGCAAUCAAGGUGAAGUUAUCUUAAAUAUGCCCUUGUCACCUCAUUUGCAUCAACAACAACGUCAUUUACAAAUUGAUGAUCAUGAUCUUCGACAACCUAUAUUUCAUCAUCAAAUUGAUAUUGAAGAUAUACAAAAAGCUACCGAUAUUAAAGGAACAUCAAAAAUGUCGGUACCCAUUCUUGGACUGUUACAAGCACCAAAAAAUGGUGGACGUAUUGCUGUCUAUGGUGAUUCAAAUUGUAUUGAUUCAACACAUUUAAAAAUCGAUUGUUAUUGGUUAUUAUUAGCAUUACUCGAGUUUACAAAUUCAAAUCGUGUACCAAAGUUGUUUUUACAAUUAGAUGAAAAUAAACAAAUUGAUAGUCCUCAGCCACCAUUAACACGAUUAAAUACGAGUAGAUUACAUAAAUUUUCACGCGUUGUUAUGCUCGAUGAACAACAAACAAAUAAAAUGUCUGAUGGUCAACUCGCAUAUAAAGAAAGAACGUUUCCAACAUGUGAAGUAUACCAAUUUGUUGAACCAUCACUGCCUUAUAUUGGAACUAUGUUAGCUAAUAAGUACAUAAUAUUUGAUAUAAUGCGCUAUCAUCGUUUGUUAUCAAUUAAUGAUGAAACUGGUACAUCGGAUUCAUACAAUAAUGAUUUAUUUGAUGAUCAUGAUCCUCAUACUAUUCGAGAUUACCAUUCAUUGAAACAAUUUUUUUCAUUUCAAAAUCCCAUAAUGAUACCAUCUUUAUUUGCCAUAAUUAGCGUAUUAUUUGUAUGCCUGCUAUUAUUUUCAAAAUUAUUUCGUUUAAGAAAUAGAAAAAUAUUGAGAAAAAAUGUACAACCAUUUCAACAAAAAAAAGGACGUUUAACCACUACUAGUGUGUGGAAAAACGGAAAAAAUUCUGGUGUUUAA